AUGGCCGGCAGGGCUCCUCCGUUACCUCUCCGGCCGACACGUAACGUCGGUGGUUUGUUGUUUAUCAUUCUCGUGCACUGCACUCUGUUUUUGUUCUGUAGGAGUUCUUCAAUUCCAGACUGCCGUCUAUCCUCAACUGGAGCCUCUGCGAAUAGCCCGAUAUGUGCAAGUCCUGAUUUUUCUAUCCAUGACAAAAAAUCUAAAAACGCAGAUGAUGCUUCCUGCCUUAAACGUGGUUUUAGUAUGUUGGAUGCAGAGUUCUUCAAUGACAACAAGAGUAGAAAUGGUCAUUGGAUAGUUCUUGAUGAAUUUAAUCUAGCCCAUUAUGAUAUUCUAGAACCAUUAAAUCGGAGGAUUGUUAUGUCAAGGCUCUCUUAUCGCAACGGGCCGCGUGUUUGUGAUGUUGAUGACAGAUUCUUUGAUGAUCGUGAUUGUCAUCUUCUUGGUUCUUCCAAUGGACUUGUAUGCAUCUCUUCUUUUUCUUCUCAACUUGUAGUAGCUAAUCCCUCAACUAGAGAGGUUCAAACACUACGAGACCCUCAAAUUCAUGAUACCAAGCAUUUAUGCUGGGGUUUCGGCUAUGAUUCAUCUACGGAUGAUUACAAGGUUGUAUUAGGGUUCCGUAAACGUGUUGGUUGGACAUGUUUUCAAGUGUUAAGUUUGAAAUCAAAUGUUUGGAAACUAAUUGGAGAUGUAAAGUAUUCGUUUCUUAGUAGGAUUGGUAUCUUAUGCAAUGGGGCACUUCAUUGGAUUAUGAAAGAUUCUUCAUCUCCAAAUAAGAAGAGAGUCAUUACUUCGUUUCGGCUAUCUGAAGAAAAAUUUAUCAAAAUUCCCCAACCUGAUGAUGAGCAAUAUGAAUCUGGUGUUGUUAGCCGCCCAGAUAUGGAUUUAGGUAUUAUGGAAGAUUGUGUGGUGAUAUGCUGUUCUACAAGACUAGGGAGUAUAUUUGUGCCCCUAUCUAUAUGGAGAGUCUUGUAUCUCCCUAUGUUAACGGGAGGCCAAAGAGAAAGACAGAAGAGAGUAAUAGCAAGAAGAGUCGUAAGGAUCUACUCAUGUUCAUAUGGUUACUACAUCCUGGUUCUUGAUUGUCAUGUCAUUUCAUUUUCUAUAUCUUCAUUUGCUUAA